GCGAUCAAAAAUCAAAGUUUUUGGUUUCAUCUCCAUUUUCAAUGUCUCGGGUUUGCUUCAGCUUUAAGUUUUCUGCUUGUUUGUUCAUGGGAGAGUAGAAAUCAAAGGGAUCAUGGGAUCUGGGUUUGAUUUUCUCUUUGGGUUUUAGUUAAAGUUGAUGUUACUAAUAUAGCGAACCGAAUACUUUCCUCGUUCGAAUCCAUCAAGAAAGUAGAAACUAAGAUUCUGGGAGAAAAUGUCUUGUUUCCUUGAGGUGUUUAAGUGCAUCUUAUGUUGUGCUGACGAGGACGUUGGCAUUGGUGAUGAUCGAGCUUCCUUCAGGCAUGUCUCCGCCGGAACUUUGAGUCACUCUCUGCUUUACUCGAGUUCAUCGCUCGUUCACUCAGCUAGAAAUGAACCAACUCGGCCGUCUAGGCCGAGUCAGGUACCUGUUGAAUAUGAGGUAAUUAUAGGGUCAAAAUCGAAUCGACGAGAUUCGAUAGGAUCAUCUGUGGAAAGUGUUUAUCAAUGGCUUCAGAAUUCCAGGAAUUCUGGCGUUUACAACAUUGGUACCGAACCACCACAGUCCUUGGCUAAGCCGAUUCUAUGGCGGCCCCCGAUUCCACCUCCAUCGAUGAAAACAUCUUCACCGUUCACGAUCCAAGAACCACCUUCAUCGCCUAAAUAUCGGAUGCCAUCUAAACCAUCCAUACCGACUCCAGAACCGUCGUCUUCAUCUACUAAGCCGAAUCCAACCCCUAAGCCAACUCUAUCCUCUCUGCCUUCUAGUUCGACCACACAACAAGGGAAAAGAAUGUACAAGGUUGUCGAUCCGAAGGAUAAAUUACCUAUUUACAUGAUUCCAUCCGUACCGACCCCGAAGCCUUCGUCUUCAUCUACUAACCUGAAUCCGUCCCUUAAGCCAACACUAUCCUUUCUGCCUACUAGUUCGACCACACAACACGGGAAAGGAAUGUACAAGUUGGUCGAUCCGAAGGAUAAAUUACCUAUUUACAUGAUUCCAGAGGACAUCAAGGACUUGAUUAAGAGAGACAUUGUACCCGACGUUCUGAAAAAACCAUUGUCUCCCUCAACGUACAAGGAUUACUUUGCAGCUCUUCUGUAUGCCGAAGAUUACUACAUCGAGAAAUGGAGUGAUUUCGGGUUGGAGGAUGUAGCUUUGCAGUUGCAACCAGCAUCAAUCUAUCAAAAGUCUGGACAAAAUAAGCAUUCAAAAGCAAAUAAUAAGAUGGAUGAUAAAACUUUUGUAGUAUUUAAGCUGGAUUCUCUUUCUAAGACACAGCGGCCAUAUAUUCUGUCGAGGGACUUUGUCUUUGCAAAACGUUUAGGCAAAGAAAUCGAGCCAUUUCAGGGAGUUAUAUAUAGGGUGCAUAAGAGCACGACCGUCCUAGUCGAAUUCGGAGAUGAGUUCCAUUAUCAGCAUGCUUCAACCUGCAGAUAUAAUAUCCGAUUCUCAUUCAAUAGAGUCUGCUUGAAAAGGGCUCACCAAGCAGUAGCAGCCGUGUCCCCGUCUUUAAUCAGAAAGUUCAUUUUCCCUAACUCUAUCUCCCAACAUCCUAUGCGUAUCUCAGAAUGUUUUAACCUUUACAACCAAGAUCUUGAUCGGGAUGAAAAGUCCGCCGUUCAUCGUAUUUUGAAUGUUCGAGGCCCUCCUCCGUACUUAGUAAAGGGCCCUCUCUGUGCAACGAACAAUGGUCAUUCUGAAUCCUUUUCAAAGCAACUUUCAAGAACUGGACUGGUUGUUAUAGAAGCGGUACUGCAAAUUUAUCUACGCAAUCCACAGUCGAAGAUCCUUGUCUGUGCACCUAAAAAUAGCACCUGCGAUGUGCUGACGAGAAGCUUGAAAAUGGAAACUCCAGAGUCCGAUAUAUUCAGAGCCAAUGCUACAUUCAGGGAAAUCGAGGAGGUCCCUAUCGAUAUCCUCUCAUCCUGCCUAUACAAAAGAAAAGCUGAAUGUUUCAGUUGUCCUCCGCUCCCUAAACUAAAGGAAUUCCGAGUAAUAUUUUCAACUUUUACGAGUAGCUAUCGCCUGUACAAUGAAGGCAUUCCUGCCGGACAUUUUAGCCAUAUCUUCAUGGUGGAUGCUUCUUCAGCCACCGAACCUGAGACGAUGGUGGCAUUGGCAAACUUGGCUGAUGAGAGUACAAUCCUGAUAGUUACUGGUGCACCCGGAAAUCGUUCAAGCACUGUCCGUGCAGAUAUUGCAAGGGAGAAGGGACUGAAAAUAUCUUACUUCGAAAGGCUUUCGGAGCAUAGUUCGUACAAGAAUGGCAAUUCGAUGUUCAUUGCACAGCUAAAUGACAAAGCCUUGGUGCCGGGGGAGAAAUGCAGGGAACAAAUGAACAAGGCCAAAAAAAUCACUUCAAAGACAAGAAGCUGAAAAUUAAAAUAUUGUUGUGAAUUUGUGUGAUAUUGCUUUCUUGGAACACUUUUGUCUACUUCUAACAAUGUAUAAAGUUGCUUUCUAAAUACUUU